AAGAACUGUGUACAUCAAGAGAAGUUCAAAAGUAGUGAUCAAUUUAAUUACACAUCAAUUAAAAACAAUAAUAUGAACAUAAGACAAUCUCCUGUUCAUUGCCAGCGUAAUAUAUUACCAACAGUUCUUCCUAAGUAUCUUAUUUCUAUAAACUCUAUGAGGAACAUAGGAUGCUCAUCUUUAACCGCAAAUAAUCAAUUGAAUAAUAAUUCAAAUCUAAAGAAUAAAGAUCUCACAAACAUUCCAAAUCAGAAAACGCUUGUCUACCAUGAACGGUUAUAUACACUUAUGCCUAUAAAAUCAAAAGAAACAUUUAAAUCAAUGAAAAAUAUUGAAGACACUCCUAAGGUGAAUGAAUCAUUACUGAUUACUAAGGAAGACAAAACAAUUCCAAUUCCAGAAUUAAUACUUAAUAGUGAAAAAUCAAAAUCAAAAUUAUCUGACAAAAAUAAUAUAACAUUAACUCAUAAAACUAAAAGGAGAACUGAUAAUACAAAUAACACAUCUAUGUUUCCUGCUAAUUCAUUAAAAACACACAUGGACUUCACAUCUGAAAAUGCUCAAAAAAUCUUACAAUCUCAAAUAGUGAAAACUCUUAACAAGAGUAUACAACAAGAUUUUAUGACUGAUGAACAAAAUAACUUAGUAUUUGACAAUUUAUUUUCAGGUACUCAAAAACAAACAGAUUAUUUUGAAUACCAUUCAGCCCUAAGACCUAGUUUAUUUUCUAAUAUGCCACCAUACAUAAGAUUUUCUUCACACAAUAUUAAAGGCGAUACAUUUCCAUUACCUUUGCAAAAGUUAUUAAAAUGGAAACUAAGUUCCAUAACACCAAUUGUUGUACGCCAAACUAUCCAAAAUAGUGGUUUUAAACUAGUGAAAAAAUCUAAUGAUUGGGUUGGAACUUGGGGUAAACAUAUGAAAUCAUUAUGUUUCAAAACACUUUGGCAACAGCAAAAACUUAACCAUUUUCCGGGUACUUUUCAAAUUGGUCGCAAAGAUAGGUUGUGGAAAAACUUGAAUAGAUUAAUGAUGAAAUAUGGUAAUGAACAUUUUGGAUUUAUACCCACAUCAUAUAUAUUACCUCAAGAAGCUAACAUUUUACGACAAAUUUGGGAGAAAAAUGAUGAAGACAAAUGGAUUGUUAAACCACCAGCAUCUGCUAGAGGAACUGGAAUUCGUGUUAUAUCAAAAUGGGAUCAAAUACCAAAGAAAAUACCUUUAGUUGUUCAAAGGUACAUAGAUAAUCCAUAUUUAAUCAAUGAUACCAAAUUUGAUUUAAGACUUUACAUACUCAUCACUUCAAUCAAUCCACUUCGUAUAUAUCUUUAUGAUAAUGGUCUUGUUCGAUUUGCUUCAGUUAAGUAUUCAUCUGAUCUUACCUCUAUAUCUGAUCGAUAUAUGCAUUUGACAAACUACAGUAUUAACAGACUUAGUAGUCAGUUUACUGAAAAUGAAGAUGCGGAUGCAUGUCAAGGUCAUAAAUGGUCAUUACGGUCAUUAUGGUCGUAUAUGGAAAAAGAACGCAAGAUCGACGUAAAAAAAAUGUGGGCAAGCUUAGAAGAUCUAGUUGUAAAAACCCUAAUUAGUGGUGAAUCACCUAUAAGUCAAAUGUGUAGAUCAAAUCUGAGCAAUAGAUAUAACGCAUACGAGUUAUUUGGAAUAGAUGUCUUGUUUGAUGAAUAUCUUAAACCUUGGAUAUUAGAGGUCAAUAUAUCUCCUUCAUUACAUUCAUCUUCACCGCUUGACUUGGCUGUCAAAGGACCAUUAGUCAAAGACCUAAUGAAUAUGGUUGGUUAUCAUAUCCCUAACAAAAUGUCUCGUAGUACACAUAGUACUUUAAUCAAAAUGUUAGGAGUCAAAUCACCACUAUGUUAUGAUAAAAGAUUAUAUACAUUCACUUUAUCUGCUAGAGAAAAAGAAAAACAAGAAUAUUAUACAAAUGUUGAAUCCAGAAUAGAAUAUAUUGAUAGCAUAUUAAAUGAUCUAUUACCAGAUGAUAUUCGGCAUCUUAUUGUAUAUGAAGAUGAACUUACACAAAUUGGCUCAUUUCAAAAAGUAUUUCCAACCACCACAUCUUUUAAAUAUCAUCAAUACUUUGAUGGCUCCAGAUAUUACAAUAUGCUUUUUGAUGCAUGGGAAUGCAAAUAUAAUAACAACAGAGGAGAAGGUAUUGCUGUGCUAGAAAAGUUAUGUCAAUUAAAAUUUCACUUGGAAGUGCCUGACGUUGACGAAGAACAAUCAAAAGUAACAUAUUAAAUUAUUACUAUAAUCAUAACUAUGAUCAAUAUAAUUUGUAUGGCAAAAAUUAACUCAACGUUUUUAUGAGUCGUGUAAAUUAUUUUAAAAAUAAAUAUUUAUAAUUAUUUAAAUUUAUUAAUAAUAAGAAUUUCAGUUCACUUGCCUAUAAACAAAUUAUGUGUCUAACAAGUCUUCAAAUUUGUUACUAAUUUUAAAUUUAACGCACUUUAAUUAAUGUUGUGCUUGUAUUAGUUUUAGUAUUAAUAAAAAAUAUGUACAGUGUUCAAAAUACACAAUAUACAAAUGA